AAAAUCCCCUGAAUCAAACACGUUUCAAGCGCCGGCUGUUUGCAUCGGUGUGAAAUUGGUCUGCUCGCAGAGUUUGGAAGGAAAAACAAGAUAAACCUUAUUUGGUGAAGCUUCUCAUUUGACGCCCUCACCCGAAGAUGGUAUCGACGUUCGUUUGUUCCAAAUCGAACGCGGCGGUAGGUGGACUCAUCGCGGCGGAACUGCUGCGCCCGGCGUACCCGAUCGAAGUGCGCUGGGGCAACGAAACGUCCAUAUCGUACGCCACCCGGACGCUCGCCUGCAUCACCAACAACGAUGUGCUGCGGGCGCUGGCCAGGGUUGCGCCGGGGCUGCGGCUGUACGGCGAAACGCCAAUCGAGCGCACGCAGAUCGACCACUGGCUGACGUACACGCUGUCGAUGGAGAAGGACCCGUCGGACGAGCUGAAGUACCUGAACAAAUGUCUUGGCCCGUUGACGUAUCUCGUGGCGAACCAUCUUACCAUCGCCGAUCUGGCCGUGUUCAACGAGCUGUACGUGCGGUACGAGCAGCUGAAGAAGAUCGGCAUCCCGCAGCACGUGCAGCGCUGGUACAAUCUCAUGCUCGCGCAGCCCUGCACGAAGGAAGCGCUGGGCAAGCAUGCGGACGAGCUACGGUCAGCCGUUGCUGCUGCCUGCUCCGGAAAGGCGAAGGAACCGAGCCCGGACAAGGGCACAGCGGACGGUGGCAGUGGUAAGCGCGAGCAGGGCAAAUUCGUCGACCUGCCCGGAGCAGAGAUGGGCAAGGUGGUGGUACGGUUUCCACCGGAAGCGUCCGGCUACCUGCACAUCGGGCACGCGAAGGCGGCCCUGCUCAACCAGUACUACCAGCAGGCGUUCCAGGGCAAGCUGAUCAUGCGCUUCGACGAUACCAACCCGGCGAAGGAGAACGUACACUUCGAGCAGGUGAUACUGGAGGAUCUGGAGAUGCUGCAAAUCAAGCCGGAUCUGUUCACGCACACCUCCCAGUACUUUGACCUGAUGCUGGACUACUGCGUGCGGCUGCUGAAGGAGGGCAAGGCGUACGUCGACGACACGGAACCGGAGCAGAUGAAGAAGGAGCGCGAGGAGCGCGUGGAGUCGAAGAAUCGCAGCAACACGCCGGAACGCAAUCUGGCGAUGUGGGCCGAAAUGGUGAAGGGUUCCGCGGCGGGCCAGAAGUGUUGCGUGCGGGCUAAGAUCGAUAUGGCCUCGCCGAACGGGUGCAUGCGCGAUCCGACCAUCUACCGGUGCAAGAACGAGCCGCAUCCGCGCACCGGCACUCAGUACAAAGUCUACCCGACGUACGACUUUGCCUGCCCGAUCGUGGACGCGAUCGAGAACGUGACGCACACCCUGCGCACGAUGGAGUACCACGAUCGGGACGAGCAGUUCUACUGGUUCAUCGAGGCGCUCGGCUUGCGGCGCCCGUACAUCUGGGAGUACAGCCGGCUGAACAUGACCAACACGGUGCUAUCGAAGCGCAAGCUGACGUGGUUCGUGGCCGAGGGCCUGGUGGACGGGUGGGACGAUCCCCGCUUCCCGACCGUGCGCGGCAUCCUGCGCCGCGGCAUGACGGUGGAGGGCUUGCGCGAGUUCAUCAUUGCGCAGGGGUCGAGCAAAUCGGUCGUCUUUAUGGAGUGGGACAAGAUCUGGGCGUUCAACAAGAAGGUGAUCGACCCGAUCGCUCCCCGCUAUACGGCGCUCGAGAGCGAGGCGCGCGUGCCGGUCAACGUGGCCGGCGUGCAGCCGGGCACGAUGCAGGCCGCCGUCCAUCCGAAGAAUGCGGACAUCGGCACCAAGACGGUCCACUAUGGGCCGCGCGUGUUGAUCGAUCUGGCGGACGCGAAAGAGCUAAAGGAGGGCGAGAACGCCACGUUCAUAAACUGGGGCAAUCUGCUGAUCCGGAAGGUGAACCGGGGCGCCGACGGGGUGCCGGUUUCGGUCGACGCCACGCCGAACCUGGACAACAAGGACUACAAGAAGACGCUCAAGCUUACGUGGCUGUGCGAGCUGCCGGCGGACCAGUACACGCCGACGUACUGCGUGUACUUUGAGCACAUCAUCAGCAAACCGGUGCUCGGCAAGGACGAAGACUUCAAGAGCUACAUCGGCCAUCAAACGAGGACCGAGGUGCCGAUGUUGGGCGAUCCGGAGCUGAAGCGGUUGAAAAAGGGCGACAUUAUUCAGCUGCAGCGGCGUGGAUUCUUCAAGGUCGAUCAGGCAUACCAGCCGGCCAGUGAGUUUAGCGGUGCCGAGACGCCGAUCGUACUGUUCGCCAUUCCGGACGGUCAUGUUGCAGCCGUACCGACGGCAAACGUUCCCAAGAAGGAAACGGCGGGAGAGAGCAAGAAGUCGAAACAACAGGCAGCGGUUAAACCAUCGAGCGGCAGCAGUGCUUCGGACGCAGCCCACCUGAACGAAUCCAUCACCCAGCAGGGCGAACAGGUACGGAAGCUUAAAGCGGACAAAGCACCGAAGGCGGAUGUUGACGCGGCGGUGAAAGUACUGCUCGAGCUAAAAGCACAAUACAAAGCACAAACGGGCAGUGACUGGAAGCCGGGUGCAGCGGUAGUGGUUGGUUCAGCAGCGCCUGCAGCGGGCUCGUCCGAUGCCGAUUCCUUCAACGGUAAGAUCGUUGAGCAGGGCAAUUUGGUGCGCGAUUUGAAGGCGAAAAAGGCGGCCAAGCCUGAGGUGGACGCAGCGGUAAAGACACUGCUCGAGCUGAAAGCACAGUACAAGUCGGCUACGGGAAGUGACUGGAAGCCGGGAGCAGUCGUCGCCAGUCCAGCAGCAACCGCCGCCGCUGCCGCCCCCCAGCCAACAGCGGCAGCAAGUGGAGGUGCCGACGCGAUCAAUGCAAAGAUCGUUGAGCAGGGCAAUUUGGUGCGCGAUUUGAAGGCGAAAAAGGCUGCCAAGCCCGAAGUGGACGCAGCGGUAAAGUCGCUGCUCGAACUGAAGGCACAGUACAAGUCGGCUACGGGAAGUGACUGGAAGCCGGGAGUAGUGCCACCAACAGCAGCGGCAUCUACCACACAAACUGCCGGUGCAUUGAAACCAUCCAACGCCGCCACUGCUGCUACGUCGGCAGAAGCGAUCAACACCAAGAUCAUUGCCCAGGGCGAUUUGGUGCGCGAGCUGAAGGGUAAGAAGGCACCGAAGGCGGAAGUGGAUGCGCAGGUCAAAGCGCUGCUCGAUCUGAAAGCCCAGUACAAGCAAGCGACCGGUGGUCAGGAGUGGAAACCGGGCUGCGUAGUACCACCAGCGGUUGUCAAGGAGAAGGAACCGGCGGCAACCCCUGCCGGUGGUGAGGCUGACCUGCUGGCCCAAAUCACCGCCCAGGGCGACAAGGUGCGAACGCUGAAGGGCAGCAAGGCGGACAAAGCGUCCAUCGAUUCGGCCGUCGCCGAGCUGCUGAAGCUUAAGGCAAGCUAUAAGACGCUGACGAGCAAGGACUGGAAGCCAGGUGCAACGGUUGCUUCGACCACCACCACCACACCUGCACCGGCUGCGGCAGAGAAGGAGAACAUGUGUCCGGCGAGCGGAACCGAGCUGGCGGAGAAGAUCGCCAAGCAGGGCGAUACGGUGCGCACGCUGAAGAGUGGCGGUGCGCCAAAGGCCGACGUUGAUGCGGCCGUUAAGAUCCUGCUCGAUUUGAAGGCAGACUACAAGAAGCUCACCGGUACGGAUUACACCCCGCCCGGUGGUGCUGCGGCCGGUGGACGGCAGCAAACGAAACCGAAGAAGGAAGCGAAGCCGAAAUCGGACUCAAAGCCCACCAAACAGGAACCGAAACCGGCCAAGGACGAUGGUUCGGGAGGGCCGAAGAAGCAGACGCGCCUCGGGCUGGAGGCCACCAAGGAGGACAACCUGCCCGACUGGUACUCGCAGGUCAUUACCAAGGGUGAAAUGAUCGAGUACUACGACGUGUCCGGGUGCUACAUACUGCGCCACUGGUCGUUCGCCAUCUGGAAGGCGAUCCGGAACUGGUUCGAUGCGGAAAUUACCAAGCUCGGCGUGAAGGAGUGCUACUUCCCGAUCUUUGUGUCGCGGGCCGCGCUCGAGCGCGAAAAGACGCACAUCGCCGACUUUGCGCCGGAGGUGGCCUGGGUGACGAAGAGCGGCGACUCCGAGCUGGCGGAACCGAUCGCCGUCCGGCCGACGUCCGAGACGGUCAUGUAUCCGGCGUACGCCAAGUGGAUCCAGUCGUACCGCGACCUGCCGAUCCGUCUCAACCAGUGGAACAAUGUUGUGCGCUGGGAGUUUAAGCAUCCACAGCCGUUCCUGCGCACCCGCGAGUUCCUCUGGCAGGAGGGCCACACCGCGUUCGCGUCGAAGCAGGAAGCGGACGAGGAGGUGCUAACCAUCCUGGACCUGUACGCGAAGGUGUACACCGAUCUGCUGGCGAUCCCGGUGGUGAAGGGGCGCAAAACGGAGAAGGAAAAGUUUGCCGGCGGCGACUACACGACCACGGUCGAGGCGUACAUCUCCGCGUCCGGGCGGGCGAUCCAGGGCGCCACCAGCCACCAUCUCGGGCAGAACUUUUCCCGCAUGUUCGACAUCGUGUACGAGCACCCGGAAACGAAGGAGAAGGAGUACGUGUUCCAGAACUCGUGGGGCAUCACGACGCGCACGAUCGGCGUCAUGAUAAUGGUGCACGCGGACAACCAGGGACUGGUGCUGCCGCCGCGCGUCGCCUGCAUCCAGGUGGUGAUCGUGCCGUGCGGCAUUACGGCGACCACGACCGACGAGGAGCGGCGCCGGCUGUACGACAGCUGCCGCGAGCUGGAACGUACGAUUGCCGCGACCGGCAUCCGGUGCGAAGGGGACUACCGGGACAACUACUCGCCCGGCUGGAAGUACAACCACUGGGAGCUGAAGGGUGUGCCGGUGCGCGUCGAGCUCGGCUUCAAGGAUCUGCAGAACGAUCAGUUCGUGGCGGUGCGCCGGGACAAUGGCGCGAAGCAGACGAUCAAGCGCGGCCAGGCGACGGCCGAGCUGGGCCAGCUGCUCGAAACGAUCCACGCCAGCAUGUACGAGCGGGCGGACCGUGAUCUGCACGCGCACACGAAGGUCACCAAGCAGUGGGGCGAGUUUUUGCAGUUCCUCGAAGCGAAAAACAUCAUCAUGGCGCCGUUCUGCGGUGAGAUUGCCUGCGAGGACCGGAUCAAGGCGGAGAGUGCGCGCGACGACGCGGAGGCGGAAGCGGGCGCCCCGGCGAUGGGUGCCAAAUCGCUCUGCAUCCCGUUCGAGCAGCCGGCCAAGAUUGAUCCGGCGGCCGACAAGUGCGUACAUCCGGCUUGUGGCCGGGUGGCCAAGUUUUACACGCUGUUUGGAAGAAGUUACUAACUUUUUGUUUGUUUUGUUUUGUUUUGGCGUGUCGCGCCGCCUGCCCAUCCCUUGGUUGGUCGUCGUGCGACACGAGCGGAAUUAAUUAGAAGCUAUUUAAUGUGAAAUGGACUAACCACCCAAUCGUUCGUCGUUUGUCGUCAUUUAAAAGCAGUAAAGAUGUAAUACCGAUUUUCCUACAAUUGAAUGAAAUUAAUUUGCUUACGUAUUUGUUUUAAUUUGGUACGAGAAAGUUGAAUUUUACUGCGUCGCCCGCAUUACCACAAACGGAAAAUGAUGAAUUUAUCUAUGUGAAUAUUAAAUAAAGCUUUCGGACAAGUUGCUUCCACCACUGCUACCAGCGUGGACUAAAAUUCAAA